UGCCCUUCAGCAUACACACAGUCCCCUCUGGGUUGACAAUUAGACCAGCUUAGUACCCUUGUUUUCAGUCACGACCAAGACAUGAGGUACGGUCGAAACUGUAAUCAACAGUAUUGAUGGUCCUAAACGAAACGUUAGUCUGGGAGAAAAUCAUUUACGUCUGGGCCGGAUCUCGAUCCAGUCCUUAAAUAACAACUUUCGCGGCCUACAAGCUGCUUGUUUUUUUGCCCAUUCUCCCAGGCUCCUCGUGUGGUUAUCUUCUGUCCGAUCAUGAACUCAUCUUCCUCUUUCGAAGUUAUUGUUCCUUGUCACGCGCUCAGACCUGACGACCCCAAAGAUACCGCUUGGAUUCGUGCGCUAGAAUUCAAGCUGAACCCUUAUCUUCUCGAACCUUCGGCUAGCGCUUCCAUUGCGAUUAACCACUCUUGGUCUUCUGUUCUCUCCGCUUUAAUCCUUCGUGAUAUUCAACAAGGGGCUCUUGGCCCUCGUGUUCACGUUUGGAAACCAAAGCGCUGUGUUGUUGUCUACAAUCUUUUGCCAAUGCCUCAUGGCAUUGACCGCGCCUGGUCCAUUGAAUCCUCGAGCGAGGAUGGCCUCAUCCCCGCCAAUGGAGGCGAUGCAUGGAGGGUCAUGUGUCUCCAAUCUGCUCGCAAUGCCACUUGGAUCUACUGCCCUGACAUAUCCAAUGAAACUGACGCCGAGUUGCCUUCUCACAUUCAGCAAAUCGUUGAAUCUUGCCACCACAACCCAAUUCAUCUCGUCAAAGCCGCCGAGUCUCCUGUAAUUCCCGCUCCUGAUUCUCCUGUGAUUCCUACUCCUGUGCGGAACCCUGCCCCUUCCUGUGGCCGUUCAUACUCUUACCUUUCCUUCGGUUCGAGCUCCUUGGUGGAUCGAUCUUUUCUCGGAGAUUGUUCGGACUCGCCCCUUUCCAUCUCUCCAGCUUCCUUUCUGGGGCCCUUCACGCCUUCUGCCUGUGACAGUCCCAUAAUAAUGUGCCUCCAAUCUCCCUACCCUCUAAUCUCCGAGUUGGGUAAAAUGACUCCCACACUAUCCGACCAAUCAAUCGCAAGGGACCUCAACGUGAAGGCGUCGAAACAACUUUACGAUGCUCCUCGUCGUCCCAGUUCAAUGCCGACCUACAUUCCAGCCAUCACACCAAGCACUACCGUCCACGACCACGAUGAAAUGGACCCUGUGCGCAUCUGUGGACCUCGGCUCGUGAUGAACUCUCCAGUGAUACGCUCGUCUUUCUAUGCGUUUGGGGGAUCUGACGAUGACUUGGACUUCAUUCUGCCGUUCCAACGUCCCACUGACACCCGGGGGCCUGCCCAACUUGAUGUUGCAGUUGAGUCGAAGGGAAAGGUGUCAAAUAGUGGCAAGAGGCAGAUACUAGCAAAAGUUGUCCAGUUUGUUUGCUCUGCUAGAGCAUCACGGAGAAUUUUCUGAGAGAAUGCCACGGCCUCGUUUUUAUGACCCCCGACUGGCCUAUUACCUACCAUUUGGUAUUCGUUCGAUUCUGCUUCUCCCACCGGGGAUAUUUUGCAAAUGGCUAGUCCGUGCCUAAUUUAAUUCUCGGUUUCUUCCCGUAACGUCCUCUCAGUGGUCCUUUGCACUGGGUUGUGCACUCCCAUGAUUUUUCGUCUGGAUUCCUUUCAUUUGCAUAUACGCCGUUACGUUUUCACCAAAAUAUCACAUGAAGUCACUAAAGGUUCUGAUCCCAGAGACCUAAGUACUAGGCGAAGCGGACUGUCCUGUCCGCAGGGAGCUGAAGAACUCCUGGUAGGCAUGGUCGAUAUCAAAUAGCAUCUGUGGUCGUCCACGUCAGGUGAACUUAAAUUU